AUGUUUCUUACAUGCCAAACUAAUCGAACAUUUAGUGAAAAUUAUUCUAUAUAUACUAAAGAUUUAUUUAAUCGUUUUCAAAAAUAUUUACACCCUAAUUAUGAACAUUUAUGGACAAAGAAUCAUCAAGAUAUGUUAAUUUCUAUUAAACCACAACAAAUAGAAUUCGAUAUUUUGAGUUUUGGUUUUCAACAUUCGUCAGAAGAACACACACUUAUUGAAUCUUCAAAUUUAGAAGCUAUUUUUGCAUCAUCAUCAUAUAGCUAUUUAAAACUACUUAACGCAAAUACAGUAAUAUUUGCUGAAUUUUUCUGCCUCAUUCCUGACUUUCACAAUGAUAAUCCUUUAAUUUGUGACAAAAAGAAUAUUUCAUCAAAUCUAAUCAAUACUAAAAGAAAAAAAUCAUCAUUUAAGUUGUUCCAAAAGCUUCUCUGGCUAGAACGUGUGGAACAUAUUCCGAAUGAUAUUCAAUUAAUUGAAGCAAUUAAAACAAAACUUCAUGAACUUAAACAAAUCAUAAUUGAAAACAAUGAAAACGAAGAAGAAUGUCAUCAUUCUAAAUUACUGAAUGAUAAUAGUUCAAGUAAUAGUGAUGCUGAACAAAUCCCUAUUGCUUUAACAUUAACACAUGAAGUACCACUUGAAAACUUAUCAAAUACUCUUCAUCAAUCAGAUAAUGAAAAUGAAGAAGAACAAGCAAGACAAGUUUUAUUAGAACAAAAUAAUAGUAGUGAACAUGAAGAUGAUGAUACAAUCUUAUUGUGA